GUAUAUGAGUUCGUAUGUAGACAUUUGUGUGCUUGAAUUUGACCUUUAGUACUUAAUUUAAACUGCAGAUAUAUUGCUGGUACUUUCAUAAGUCAGUCGAUUCCACGAUGAUCUUUCAUUAUUUUGUGAUAGUUUUGCUUUUUUGUAUUUCAAAUACAGAUGGGGCUGGUACCCUGCGGUUUGCGGAUUAUUAUGAAAGUCACAUGGUACUACAAAUGGCUCCGUCAAGAGCUCAGAUUUGGGGGUAUGCUACCUCAGUAGGCGAUACAGUCACUGUCGACUUAAACGGGACUGUUGCUGCUACUGCGACCGUCGCCAAGAGAACCGAUGGCAAAGCCGGCGGAAUAUGGUCGGCAUUGCUGCCAGCUCACAAAGCCGGCGGUCCAAUCACGAUUGAUAUACGAUCGAACGACGGUCACGCUACUUUAACGGAUGUUUUGUUCGGAGAUGUUUGGAUUUGCUCAGGCCAAAGCAAUAUGGCGUUUACGCUAGGACAAGUAUUUAAUAACAGUGCUGAGUUAGAACAUUCCUCACAUUUCAACAACAUCCGAAUCAUGAAAGUCGCUCUAAGGUCAUCAAAUACAACCGUUGACAAAACACCUCUUGCUAUACACUGGCGGACACCUGCAGGCAGCUCUACAAGGUAUUUUUCUGCGGUAUGUCUUAUGUUCGCUGAAGAAUUGGCUCCACAUAUUAACAGACCAAUCGGACUUAUACAGACUGCUUGGGGAGGAACGCCAGUAGAAGCCUGGUCCUCUCCUGACGCCAUUGCUAGCUGUACAUCUAAAACAAAAAGGGCAACACCCCAUGAAAACAGUGUAUUAUGGAAUGCCAUGGUGAACCCGUUAUUAAAGAUGACAAUAUACGGUGCAAUAUGGUAUCAAGGAGAAGCAAAUAUCCGCCAUCCGGAUGCCUAUGCAUGCCAAUUUCCGGCCAUGAUUGACGACUGGAGGUCUAAAUUCAACAUUGCCUCUAAACACCAAACAAACCAACAAUUUCCGUUUGGGUUUGUGCAAUUAGCUGCCAAUGCAAACAAGACAUUACACUUUGGAUUCCCGGACCUACGCUGGUCUCAGACUGCCAAAUAUGGUUAUGUUCCAAACCCACGUCUUCAGAAUGUAUUCAUGGCUGUUGCAAUGGACCUUCCAGAUUAUAAUUCAACUUUUGGAACAAUUCAUCCAAGGGACAAACAGGAUGUUGCUAAGCGGCUAGCUUUAGCUGGGAGGGCUGUUGCUUACAACGAGAAAAACUUAGACUUCCAAGGUCCAAUCCCGACUGACUUAACCCUUACUGAAAAUAAACUUGUCAUAGAGUUUGAUCAUGGUAACAGUGCUAUAGAAGUGAGAAAAACUGAUGGAUUUGAGCUUUGUUGUGGGAACAAUUUCAAUCACACGUGUCAUUACAACCAUUGGACACCGGCUCCAAUUGUGGCUCACGAUCAAAGUACAGUAACCAUCGAUACAUCUGGCUGUCAUGGUAACAUGAGCCUUGUGGUAGCAGUAAGAUUCGCCUGGGAGAUGAGUCCAUGCGAGUUUAAGAUGUGCCCUCUCUAUGACAGUACUAACGAUCUACCGGCCGCAACAUUUGUCAAAUAUGCUCCUUUUAAUACUAAAUGA